AUGGUGUCCACAACCCCCCUCAUCAUCAACAAUGAGUCCGUUGAGACCGAUAUCAAGUUCGAGGUCCACCACCCUGCCACCGGUGAGCUGGGCAGCUACUGUGCAGGCGCAUCUGUCGAAGACGCCAAGCGCGCCGUAGACAAUGCGCAGGCCGCAUUCCCAGCAUGGAGCAAGACGAAACCCUACGAGCGCCGCGACCUCCUCCUCAAGGCCGCCGACAUCAUGUCCUCCCGGAAGGAGGAGCUGAUCCAGUACCAGCGCGAAGAGACCGGCGCCGGACGUCCCUUCACCGAGCAUACAUUCAACAUGGGUGUCAACUUUAUUAAGGAUUUCGCGGGCCGAAUCCCUACCAUCGAAGGCGUGGUCCCCAACAUCAACCGCGAGGGCGAGGGCGCUAUCGUAUACAAAGAGCCUUACGGUGUCAUUUUGUCCAUUGCACCAUGGAACGCGCCUUAUAUCCUCGGUGUCCGCGCCGUGGCAUUGCCCCUUGCCGCCGGUAACACCGUUGUCUUCAAGGGCUCAGAGCUCUCCCCCAAGUGCUUCUGGGUCCUUGGUGAUAUCUUCCGUCAGGCUGGUCUUCCUGCCGGAUGUUUGAAUGUCAUUUUCAACCAGACCGCUGACGCUCCGGCGGUGACCAAUGCGCUCAUUGCUCACCCGUCCGUGCGCAAGGUCAACUUCACCGGGAGCACCAUGGUCGGCUCGAUCAUUGCUUCUACGGCGGGUAAAUAUAUCAAGCCUGUGCUGCUGGAGUUGGGCGGUAAGGCGUCGGCGGUUGUUCUGGACGAUGCGGACCUGGACAAGGCUGCCAUGAAUUGCGCCAUUGGAUCAUUCAUGCACUCCGGACAAAUCUGCAUGUCGACCGAGCGAAUUGUUGUGCAGCGCGGAAUUGCAGACGCCUUCCGACAGAAGCUUGCCGAGACAGCAGAGAAGCUUUUCGGCAAGGACGCGCCCGCGCUGGUGCUGGUCAACGCUGCAGCCGUUGCCAAGAAUAAGAAGUUGGUUGGCGACGCGGUCUCGCGCGGCGCCGAUGUUUUGUUUGGCGAUGCGAACGCAAACGAAUCCAUUGACACGGGCAUGCGACCCGUGAUUGUCGAAAAUGUGACCAAGGAGAUGGACCUGUAUGCGACCGAGUCGUUUGGUCCGACCGUGUCCCUCAUUACGGUUGACACGGAAGACGAGGCGAUCGCACUGGCCAAUGACACGGAAUACGGACUGACCGCAUCGGUGUUCACUAGCAACCUAUUCCGUGGGUUGCGGGUGGCGAAGCAGAUUGACUCGGGCGCCGUGCACAUUAACGCAAUGACGGUUCACGAUGAGCCGGUCUUGCCCCAUGGUGGGUGGAAGAGCAGUGGAUUUGGUCGUUUCGGAGGAACCUCGGGAUACGACGAGUUCCUCCAGACCAAGACUGUGACUUGGCAAGAGUAG